AUAUCGUCACUUUAUUAUUAACAAAUUCUGAAUGUUGAAAAUCAUAUUCGUUCGGACAGUCUGCGACGCAAUUUUCGCAUAAAAUCAACAAAAGGCAAACAUUUCUUACCCACUAUUUCUUGACACUCUAGUCGGUGCAUUGGAUUUUAUUUCAUAAUUGGCAGAGAAAAAAUAACUGAUAUUUACGAAAAUGGAGCUUUCUGAGGGAGUCAAGGAGCGUCUGGGAGUCGUCGUCGGCGCCCUGCAGACCACAUUCCACUGGGGAUUCGUGCCCUUUGUGUUGUAUUUAGGCUUCAGGAAGGGUGCCGAGCCCGGCAUGCCCCCUUGACCAUCUUGAGUCUGUUGUGGCAAUAGAUAAUCACUCUCCGACCGAAACGCAAUGUAAAAUUCACGAUGUGCGCUCUGCAUUUCUGUUAUGAUUGGAUUCCUGGGCACUUUCCUGGUACCUGCAGUUGUAGGAAAUAAAGUUAUGUUAGAUCAAAACCAAAA